AUGUCAUCUUCACCUGCUACAGAAGAUGGGCUUGUCUCGACAGAGGCAACGAGCCAGCCCAGCAUGUCCCAGACCGAUAUCGAUCUUCAGAGAAAGCGAGCUCGGGAUCGCAAAUCGCAGCAGGCAAUGAGAGACCGCCAUAGAGGUCUUGUACAGAACCUUAAUGGACAAGUCGCAUUUUUAACGAAUGAACUGAACACAAGGGUCAACGAAACAGGCUUGCUUGAUUCAAGGAUUGCAGCCCUUGAGGCAGAGAAUGCCCAACUUCGUGCCCAGAACGCAGCACUUCAGCUCAGCCUACUGAAUCGAGGUGAGCAUUCAAGGCUGCCGAUCUUCAACAACCGGGAACCCUGGGAAACGCCGCCACUCAACUCGCAGCCGUCGUGUAUCGCAGAUCAUAUUCUCCAAAACUUUAUCGCCUCCGAGCGCACUGAGAGAGCCUCUAGUCCAGCCGAUACAGAAUCCGGCCCACUUCGACUGAAACCAAACCCAACUUCCUUGUUAUACAAACAUCAGCGAACCAAUGAUGAAGUUAGCAACGUCGCUGGAGAUAUCGUUCGAAGCUAUUCCGAGAUUGAGACGUUCCCAAAACAGGUAGCUGUCUUCUAUGUAAUGAGUAUUCUUUUCAAGUGGCUAGUCUUUCUAGAUAAAAGUAGUUGGGAUACCCUACCAAAUUGGCUGCGACCAAUUCCGUGCCAGCUCUCGCUGCCUCACGCUGCUUGGGUAGAUCGCGUUCCAUGGCCCAAGGCGAGAGAGUAUCUGGUCCAACAUCCCGAAAUCACGUUGGAUGACUUUGCAUCUACAUACAGCUCUAGUUUUACAGUGAAAUGGGACUUUGAUCCUGCACAUGUGUUGAUAACAGUCAACUCUGGGGGGUCGGGACUCAAGGAAGUCAUCAUCAAUCCUGUGUACGAAGACGAGAUACGGCAGCUCAAGAAUUGGGCUAUCGGUCAAAGGUUUAGAGAGAGGUUUCCAGAGAUUGCGAAGCUGAUCGACGAGGAGAUAAAUACUGCGUGA